AUGAUGAGGGGAGCACUGCUUGUGCUGGCCUUGCUGGUGACCAGAGAGCUGACCUUUGAGACGUGUGAGGUGGAAGCCUGCCCUGUUUUUUAUGAAAUGCAGACCGCUGUGAACUUUGUACUACCAAGGGCAGCAUUAAAUGAAACCUUAGAUUCGGUCAGAGCUACAGAUGAGGAAAAAGCAGCCUUUGGAAAAAUCCAGGAUUGCUUCAUUGAAGGGGGACAUCAGAACCGGUUUAAUCAUCUGAAAUUUAAGAUUCUCAUGAUCUUCAGUAAGGAUUGCACUGGCUAUAGAAUAUCCACAUUGGUGAAUGUUAUUAGAGGAUUCAUCUCCAGUCUGCACUCUUUAGUGAGCUCAUCUUAG